UUUUUUUCCUGUUUCGUUUUGUUUUUAUCUUUUUGCAUGCAAAGAGAUUCAGUUAUGCCAGUAGCUAGACUUCCAAGUUUACAAGUACUAUUUCCCAAAUUAAGUACUGAAAAAUCUUGCUGCAUUAGGAACCAUAACUGUAUAGUGUUCAUGAAUUUUUGUAAAGUCAUUUACUACCUCCUAUAUGGAUUGACUAACCACACAGGUAGACAGCAUUAACAUUGGUGAGAAAUUUCAAGAGAGAUUAAAUCAAAUUAAUGUGAUCAACCCCAAAUUAAAUUAAUUUGGGAUUCGUAGAAAAAGACCUAAAGCAAUUAUUCUUAAAACUGGUGUUUUUCCCAAAGUACAGAGAUGACCACCCAUAAAUGCUGCUGGGUAGUCCAGAAGUAAUUGCAGACUUAGGGCCUAAAAAUUUGACUGCAAGGUUUCUAUUUCCUGAAGCAUUUUCAUUGUAAUUUCUUGACAGAUUUCUGAUACUGUUGUCAUGACUUAUUACAGUUACUCAUUUAGUAUUUCUACAAGAUAAUGUCAACAAUUUGCUUAUGUACCAUUCUGUUACAUUUUAGAUGAUAUUUCUUAAUGUUUCACCAUGCAUGUUCCACUCUUCCUGCAUAUUUCACUGUUCUGGGCACUCUAAGAUUAAAAUUAAACUUGGUAUGAAAGGCAACAUACUCCACUAAGUAAAAGACGUAGAUCUUACCUCAUGGGAUUUUAAAUCUGAUAACAACAGUAUACAUCAUGCAUUUUUCAUGUAUUUGUAGGAGAACCUCUAGAUGUAACAAUAGAAGCAAGGAUUUUUCUGAAUUUACAAUUAUGCCAUAAAUGGAUUUCAGACAUUUUCCAAGAGGUAGCAUUAUAGCAGCAGGUGGCAUGUUGUACUUAAAACACAGUCAACUCAGUAUCUGUUGUAAACAUGGCUUCUGUGUAUGUGCCCAACUCUCAUAGCAAUUCAAACAUAGAGGAAGAAAGGCAGUAAUACAUUUGCAUAAAAUGGUUGGCUAAUAAGGAAACGCAAUCCUAACACUACAGGUUUUUACUCCAUAUUUUAAAACAUAGAUAAGAGCUGAUAUAUAUAUAUAUAUAUAUAUAUAUAUAUAUGUGUGUGUGUGUGUGUGUGUAUGUGUAUAUGUGUGUAUAUAUAUAUAUAUUAUAUCAAGGAAUAUCCUAGGAAAUCGUAUAGUUACCUGUCAACAUGUAACUGAUUAAUAACCACUAUGGAAAUUGUAGUUUCCUCAUCAAAAGAUGAGCUUAAAUUUUAAUAUUUUGCACGCAUAGCAACAGAUUAAAUGCUGUGCUCUACUAGGAAGUAUUGUCCAGUGGGAUGGCCUUUUAACCUCCACAAUAUACAUUUUAUUUUUAUUCCCUAGACUUGCACAUGAAGUGCAUAUGUUCAUAUUUACCCAGUUGGGAGAUGGGUAAGAUACAACCAACAUAGCUCCAUCUCCAUGGCCAUCUUUUAUUUCAUGCCACAUUCCUUUUUCCUGUCCAGAAAAACUCCAUUUCUAAUAAACGGCUGCCAUGUUUCACCCCAUGUGUUCAGUGGUACAAAAUCUCUUCUACAAAAUAUGUACAGUUCUUUGGAAUACUUGUUUAUCUAGUGAAUUAACAAUGUUGUAGAAAGUUAUUACUUUCUCUUAACUGUCCAUCAUAGAAACUAAAUUCUACCUUCAUUUUAUUAAUGCUUGUUUGCCUUCAGUUUCAUUUAGGAAACCCCACCUGUUUCCUAAUACUCAGAGCUGAUUGCCUCUCAGUGAGCCAUGUCAGAUCAUCUUUUCUCAAGAAUACUGACCUGCAUUCUUGAUGUACCCCCCCACCCCAGUUCCCAUCUUGCAGACACUCUUAAAGAAUAAAAUGCAUGCACUUCACUAACAGAAUACUUUCCUAUGUCUAAAGUUCUUCUUCACCUAGAAAUUACCUUUGCUGUUAUUAAUAAGAUCCCUUCUCACAGUUUUGGAGCAUAUAACUGGGUGAGUUGGAUAUAUCUCAGAAUUUUCUUUUAUCCCUCACUUCUCAGCUGACAUUGCACCACAUUGAACUGCGCACACUUUAUUCCUGCCAAGUACGGUGUAUUGUAUACUUCAAGCAGGAUAAAUGUAUGUUUCUUAAAGCAAACUAUGCAUUAUUUGAUUCCUUAAAAGACCCUUUGAUCUCUAAGGCUGAGUUACUACGUGUCCUUGGAGUUUCUGAUUUGUGAAUCUCUGUUCUAGUUAACUUAAAUGACAAAUAAUCCAUUAUUGAGUUCAAAGUUAUAUGAUCAUAUUCCUUAAUUAUCUUUCUCAAGAUUCCCUAAAAUCUAACCAGGUAACAGAGUUACAAGUUCUUUUUUUACCAAAACUUCUAUUUUGUCCUUUGUUACCUAUGCCUUUUUAUUAUCAAGUAAAGGCUUACAUUAAAUUUCUAAAUUUGAACACAUUUAUAAUUAUUUUAUAUUAAUAAUUUAUACUUGAGCACUUUGCUUUCGACUCAUUGAGGGUACAAAAAGAUUUUAAGCCAAGUUUUUCAAUAAGCCUGGUUACUUAAGUUUUUAAAAAUAGAAUGUUAUCCUGGUUUACCACACCAGUUAAACAUAGUGGAAAGAGUACAGGAUUUGGAGUUAGACAUUGUUUCAAAUUCUGGCUCUGUCAGUGUGUGACCUUGGUGAAGUCACAUAAUCUCACCACCUCAACUUCUGUAAAAAUGGGGUGCUAUUUACCAUGUUUACUAGUUGCAGAGUAAAUGAAUUAAUGUACAUCAAAGCACCUAGAAAAUAAUGGGUGAUUCAGAAUGGUAGCCACUACUACUCUUACUGUUUGUCAGUAGACAAUAACUUCUGAGUACAGUUCUGAUUAUUUUGAAGUUCUGUGGUAUUACCAUGCAGCUGUUAAGUAAUUGUGUCCUUGAUAUGCUUGCAUGUCAUUGGUGGAUGAGAAAUUAUUACUCUAAUAUUUGAAAGGUGUUUGGGGGUUCAUCAAGAUGAGAGGUAUGAUAAAUAUAAGAUGCCGUUGUUUUUACCUGUACUUUCUUCAGGGUAUCCUGUCUUGGUAGUGAAUGGAAGAGGGCCUGGUCCCUGGGGCAGUGCAGAAGGCACUUUCAUCAUCUCACUCACUGCAAAUGUCAUGUGAGGUUUCAUGGAAGUAUUAAGAGAUCCAAUUAAGAAGAAUAGUUCUGAGUCUAAACCAGCCCAGAGUGGCUUCUCUAGGGGAAACUCCCUGCUCAGCUGCCCUGAAUCUGUGGAGGCUAGUCCAGCAGUUAAUGAGAAGAGCGUGUAUUCCACUCAUAAUUAUGGGACCACUCAGAGGCAUGGGUGUCGAGGACUGCCUUAUGCUGAUCAUAAUUACGGAGCCCCUCCUCCUCCGACACCUCCUGCUUCUCCCCCUGUCCAGACGAUCAUCCCUCGUUCUGACCUGAAUGGCCUGCCGUCGCCCGUAGAGGAACGCUGUGGAGACAGCCCGAACUCUGAAGGAGAGACUGUUCCUACCUGGUGUCCUUGUGGUCUUUCUCAGGAUGGCUUCCUUCUCAACUGUGACAAGUGCAGGGGAAUGAGCAGGGGGAAGGUUAUUAGACUUCAUCGGCGGAAGCAGGACAACAUAUCAGGUGGGGAUAGCAGUGCAACAGAAAGCUGGGAUGAGGAGCUUUCUCCUUCCACUGUGUUGUACACAGCAACACAGCACACACCUACAAGCAUCACCUUAACUGUUAGAAGAACCAAACCCAAGAAGCGGAAGAAGAGUCCAGAAAAGGGUCGUGCAGCAGCAAAGACGAAGAAAAUCAAGGCAUUUCGAGAGGGAUCCCGGAAGUCCUUGCGGAUGAAGAAUUCUCCUUCUGAAGCACAGAAUUUAGAUGAGAAUACAACUGAGGGAUGGGAAAAUCGGAUAAGACUAUGGACUGAUCAGUAUGAAGAAGCUUUCACUAAUCAGUACAGUGCAGAUGUACAGAACGCCCUUGAACAACAUCUACAUUCUAGCAAGGAAUUUGUGGGCAAACCUGCUAUUUUAGACACUAUUAAUAAGACUGAAUUGGCCUGUAAUAAUACAGUUAUUGGUUCCCAAAUGCAGCUACAGUUGGGAAGAGUCACUCGUGUUCAAAAGCACCGGAAGAUCCUGAGGGCUGCAAGAGAUUUGGCUUUGGACACUCUUAUAAUAGAGUAUCGAGGGAAAGUCAUGUUACGACAGCAAUUUGAGGUCAAUGGGCAUUUCUUCAAAAAACCAUACCCCUUUGUGCUCUUCUACUCAAAAUUCAAUGGUGUAGAGAUGUGUGUGGAUGCACGUACUUUCGGUAAUGAUGCUCGGUUCAUCAGAAGAUCGUGUACACCAAAUGCAGAGGUGCGACACAUGAUUGCAGAUGGGAUGAUUCACCUAUGUAUCUAUGCGGUGUCUGCCAUCACCAAGGAUGCUGAGGUCACGAUAGCAUUUGAUUAUGAGUACAGUAACUGCAGUAAUUAUAAAGUGGACUGUGCAUGUCACAAGGGGAACCGGAAUUGCCCUAUACAGAAAAGGAAUCCCAAUGCUGCAGAACCACCACUCCCACCUCCUCCAAGUUUACCAACCAUAGGAGCAGAGACAAGACGUAGAAAAGCACGACGGAAAGAGCUAGAGAUGGAACAGCAGAAUGAGGCUCCAGAAGAGGAUAACAAUCAGCAAUCAGAACAUGUUCCUGAGAAAGUAACUGUGUCCAGUGACCAUGAGGAAACAGACAAUCCAGAAGAAAAAGCAGAAGAAGAGAAAGAAGAGGUUACAGAUGACCAGGAGAACCCAGCUCAUAGCAGAAGGACCCGGGAAGACAGGAAGGUCGAGGCCAUCAUGCAUGCUUUUGAAAACUUAGAGAAAAGAAAGAAGCGGCGGGAUCAGCCCUUAGAACAAAGCAAUUCUGACAUAGAGAUUACUACCACCACCUCAGAGACCCCUGGGGGAGAAGAGGCAAAAACUGAAGCCCCUGAACCUGAAGUUAGCAACCCGGCUUCAAACAUGACCAUCCCAAGCACCCCACAGACUGUUGGAGUGAACACCCGGAGGUCUUCCCAAGCAGGGGAUGUUGCUCCAGAAAAGCCAGUCCCCAAGCCGCCUCCAGCAAAGCCUUCUAGGCCCCGACCGAAGAGUCGCAUUUCUCGGUACCGGACCAGUUCAGCCCAAAGACUAAAGCGUCAGAAGCAGGCCAUUGCACAACAGGCAGAGUUGUCACAAGCUGCCUUGGAAGAGGGCGGAAAUAACAGCUCUGUGACUCCUACUGAAGCUGGAAAUACAGACAGUUCAGGAGAAAACAGGCAAUUAAUAGGGUCUGACCCAACUGUGGUAUCAGUUACUGGAUCCCAUGUCAACCGUGCGGCACCUAAAUACCCCAAAACCAAAAAAUAUCUAGUUACAGAAUGGUUGAAUGACAAAGCCGAGAAGCAAGAAUGCCCUGUUGAGUGCCCUUUACGUAUCACCACGGACCCAACCGUACUGGCAACAACCCUGAACAUGUUACCCGGUCUUAUCCAUUCCCCAUUAAUUUGCACCACCCCCAAACACUACAUUCGCUUUGGCUCACCCUUUAUCCCUGAGAGACGUCGAAGGCCCCUUCUGCCUGAUGGCACCUUCAGCUCCUGUAAAAAGCGCUGGAUAAAGCAAGCCUUGGAAGAAGGGAUGACUCAAACGUCAUCUGUACCCCAAGAGACUAGAACUCAGCACCUAUACCAAAGUAACGAGAAUAGUAACUCUUCUAGUAUCUGCAAAGACAAUGCAGACUUGUUGAGCCCAUUAAAGAAAUGGAAGUCUCGCUAUCUGAUGGAGCAGAAUGUCACCAAGUUACUGCGGCCUCUUUCUCCAGUCACACCACCCCCUCCCAAUUCAGGCUCAAAGAGCCCCCAGCUGACCACACCUGGCCCAUCUCACCCAGAAGAGGAGUGUCGAAAUGGAUACAGCCUCAUGUUCUCACCAAUCACGUCUCUUACUACUGCUAGUCGCUGCAAUACUCCUCUGCAGUUUGAGAACAUAUCCUCCCCUGAGAGUUCCCCUGCGAAUAGGCCCGAGUCCCUGUCACCCGAGCUUUGUCACCGAAAAGAUGUGGACUUGACAAAAGUAGGCUACCUUGACUCCAACACUAACAGCUGUGCUGACAGACCUUCCCUGAUCAACUCAGGUCCUUCUGACCUGGCUCCUCAUCCCUCUGUCGGGCCCCCCUCUGAGACUGGCUUUCCAAGCAGGAGUGGAGAUGGACAUCAGACCCUUGUGAGGAACUCGGACCAGGCAUUUCGGACAGAGUUUAAUUUAAUGUACGCCUACUCCCCAUUGAACGCUAUGCCUCGAGCAGAUGGAUUAUAUCGAGGAUCUCCCCUAGUAGGGGAUAGGAAGCCUUUACAUUUGGAUGGGGGAUAUUGUUCCCCUGCAGAAGGGUUUCCCAGCAGAUACGAACAUGGCUUUAUGAAAGACCUCUCUCGUGGAUCCAUGUCACCUGGUGGUGAAAGGGCUUGCGAAGGAGUCCCAUCUGCCCCCCAGAACCCACCACAGAGGAAAAAGGUAUCCCUGUUGGAGUACCGCAAACGGAAACAAGAAGCCAAGGAGAAUUCUGCCAGUGGGGGAGGUGACUCUGCACAGAGCAAAAAUAAGUCUGCAGGAGCUGGGCAAGGCAGCAGUAACUCACUUUCUGACACUGGUGCCCAUGGUGUGCAGGGAUCCUCAUCCCGAACCCCAUCUUCCCCUCACAAAAAAUUCUCUCCAUCUCAUUCCUCUAUGUCCCAUAUGGAGGCGGUAAGCCCAUCAGAUUCCAGAGGCACUUCAUCUCACUGCAGACCUCAAGAGAAUAUCAGCAGUAGGUGGAUGGUUCCCACGUCAGUGGAACGACUCCGAGAAGGAGGGAGCAUCCCCAAGGUCCUCCGAAGCAGUGUGAGGGUGGCCCAAAAAGGAGAGCCUUCUCCCACAUGGGAGAGUAACAUCACAGAGAAAGACUCAGACCCUGCAGAUGGAGAAGGCCCAGAGACACUGAGCUCAGCACUCUCUAAAGGAGCAGCCGUUUACAGCCCUUCCAGAUACAGCUACCAGCUCCUGCAAUGUGAUAGUCCACGGACAGAAUCACAAAGCCUCCUUCAGCAGAGUUCCUCCCCCUUUAGAGGACAUCCCACCCAAUCUCCAGGAUACAGUUAUCGAACUACUGCACUGAGACCUGGAAACCCCCCCUCUCACGGUUCUUCAGAAUCCUCCCUCUCUUCUACGUCCUAUUCCAGCCCCGCCCACCCUGUAUCCACAGACUCGUUGGCCCCAUUUACGGGGACACCAGGGUAUUAUAGCAGCCAGCCACAUUCUGGAAACAGCACUGGCAGCACUCUUCCAAGGAGGAGCUGCCCUUCUAGUGCUGCUAGCCCUACCCCACAGGGCCCCUCAGACUCGCCAACCUCAGACUCGGUCUCCCAGUCCAGCACAGGAACUCUGAGUUCCACCUCCUUCCCUCAGAACUCUAGGUCGUCAUUGCCAUCAGACUUACGGACUAUCAGUCUGCCCAGUGGGCAGUCCGCUGCCUACCAGGCCUCCAGGGUAUCUGCGGUUUCCAAUUCACAGCACUACCCACACCGUGGGAGUGGGGGUGUGCACCAGUACCGACUCCAGCCACUGCAAGGCUCAGGAGUCAAGACUCAGACAGGACUUUCCUAGGGCUUCUGGAUUUGGGCAAACAGAACUGAAUGAGCCCAUAGCUGCUUCCUUCCAGCUGCCUCUGGAACCUAGGCCGAGCAUAUUGCUGGGGAAGAGGGUACAAGGUGCCAGAGGACUGGGUCUGGUUGACAAGAAACGAGACUUGUGGUCGCGACUGGCUCUGGCCUUGGAGAAAGAUGUAAAUCUUGUCUGAAGCAGAGACUUAUAAAGAAGUUUCUCCCUGCUGUUAAGGGUACAUUGUUGACAAGCAAAUGGUGUUCCGGUUAGUAACGGUUCUAAGUGCAAUGAGUCGUGUUGAAGCCUCUGUCUCCCGUCCUUGCCUGUAGCCUGUAGUCACUUGUGCAGUGGGGACAUCUUUUUACACACACACACACACACACACACACACACCCACACCCAAAAAGUUUUCUUUUCAGAG